GGAAGGCACCCAAGAUAGAGUUGCGCAUUCCUUGAUCCCGUAGAACCUUGCCAACGGCUAGGAAAGGGACAACUCGAGACUGCCGAGGCUCUGCCGAGGACCCGCCCAUGAUUUCUGGUGGGGGCGGUUGUUAGAACGGGGCCCCACUAGUCCACUGAAACGGGAUCCAGGUCGACGGCAUUUCGUCAACCUCGAAAGUCUCACUGACCUGCCAUUCUGUUUGCGCCCGAAUCCGAACCACGACGUCUCCCCGUGCCCCGGCCAGACCAUCCGCUCCCUUGGCCUGCUUCUGUUCCCUGCGCGGCCUGUCGGGUUCGACUAGUCCGUCUCGCUUUGUCCCGGGGCUCGUCUUCCCCUCUCUCUCUGCCUUUUGUUGUCCUUCUCCUGCCGUCGCAGGAAUCCGCACCCGCGCCACGAGACAUACAUACAGCGCCGCCCGGUCACCUGGCGGGCAAGACGACAGUCCGCCCGUCGCUCCGGCUUGCCUCUCUCUCCUGUGUCUUCUCCCGCCUCCUCUUUCUCCCCCCCCUCCUCAUCCUCCCGUAGGCAACCAUGAUGGACGAGUUCGCGUCAGAAUCCGAUAGCGACUACACCAGCUAUUGGCGAGAUUGGUUCAUCUCAUCUCGUGGGAACGAGUACUUUUGCGAGAUAGACGAGGAUUACCUCACCGACCGCUUUAAUUUGACGGGCCUCAAUACUGAGGUCCAAUACUAUCAAUAUGCUCUCGACCUCAUCACCGACGUCUUCGAACUCGACUGCGACGAUGAGAUGAGAGAGACUAUUGAGAAGUCGGCCCGCCACCUGUAUGGCCUCAUCCACGCCCGCUACAUCGUCACUACGCGCGGCCUCGCUAAGAUGCUUGAAAAAUACAAGAAGGCCGACUUCGGCAAGUGUCCCCGUGUCUUCUGCCACUCCCACCCGCUGCUGCCAAUGGGUCAGACCGACGUCCCUCACCAGAAGCCGGUGAAGCUUUACUGUGUGCGGUGCGAGGACGUGUACAACCCCAAGUCAUCGCGACACGCAGCCAUCGACGGCGCCUACUUCGGUACUUCAUUCCACAACAUCAUGUUUCAGGUCUACCCGGCACUUGUGCCGCCUAAGAGCGUAGAACGAUACAUCCCGCGCGUCUACGGCUUCAAGGUGCAUGCGUCAGCAGCCCUUAUCCGCUGGCAGAACACGCAGCGUGUCGACAUGCUUCGUCGGCUGCGGAAGCUCGAGAUCGAGAGCGGCUUUAAGGAGGACGCUGGCGACGAGGACCUCGACGAUGAAGAGGAAGACGAGGAGGACGUCGACCCAGAGGCCAUGGAGGGAGACGCUAUGCACGUCGUGGGCUAAGCCGCAGCCCCAUGGACGAAAAGAAGUGGCGAAGGGGUGGAAGGAAAGAAGUGAAGGGGCCAAGGCCGAGAGAAAAAGAGGAAGAAGAGUGGAAGUUUGAAUUGAAAGGGACCGAAGGGUAUGUGUGUCGCCAUCACGAGUGCAUAUACCUGGACCUCUAUACCGAAUGACGGCGACAGCAAAGCUAAUCUAACAUCCCCCCUUCCACAACUCGAAAGGAGACAACAAUACGAGUACGACGCAAACAAAACUUGAUUGAUACCAUGAUGCCUCCCUCCCUCUUCUCUUUUUUCUUUGUUUCCUCUCGCUAAGGCUCCACGUGGUGUCUUUUUUUUUGGAAGUUCUCGUUUCUUCUAGUCGGAUCAAUACGAACUCGAUUUUAAUUCUACUUCACGGAGGGGGUAUGCGGGGUAAAUUCAAGACGGAUUGGGCCAGGUUAGGUCGAGUCGAACUAGAUGGAUGGUUUGAAAGGACGGGGUUCUACAUAUAUACCUAUAGGACGAGAAGGGAACGGGACGGGGAGAGACUGAGACCACUGGCUCCUGCUCCCUAUCUCGGGGUGUCAUCACCCGCGGCUGUUGGUGGGGGGGGGGUGGCCUAUCGGAUGGAGUGGACGGGUGGGCAGCGAACUUCGAGGACAGCGGACAAGGGUAACGGGGGGUCGGCAAAGUUGUCUCAGUGUGUAAAGUCGGUUCGCCG